GUGAGCUGGGUGGUCCCGAGGGAGCUGAGCUCCGCUCCGUGCCCCCGCGUCACGCACGCGCUCGGCACCGCGAGCCGCGCAUAACGAUAUCUGGAUUUGAACUGCAUUUUGGAAUUCAUCCUUACUUACAAUGUCACCGUCAGAUGGAAAUCCAAUUGGUUACACACCCCCAGAUGGAGGCUGGGGGUGGGCAGUGGUUGUUGGAGCUUUUUUUUCCAUUGGCUUCUCUUGUGCAUUUGGCAAAUCUAUUUCUGUAUUUUACAAAGAAAUUGAAGGAAUAUUUAAUGCCAGCGCCAGCGAAGUGUCGUGGAUAUCUUCCAUCAUGUUUGCUGUCAUGUAUGGUGGAGGUCCUAUCAGCAGUAUCCUGGUGAAUAAAUAUGGCAGUCGUCCAGUCAUGAUUGUUGGCGGCUGCUUGUCAGGCUGUGGCUUGAUUGCAGCUUCUUUCUGUAACACUGUGCAGGAACUUUACUUGUGUAUUGGACUCAUUGGAGGUCUUGGGCUUGCCUUCAACUUGAAUCCGGCUCUGACCAUGAUUGGCAAAUAUUUCUACAAGAGGCGACCGUUGGCAAAUGGACUGGCCAUGGCAGGCAGCCCUGUGCUCCUCUCUACCCUGGCCCCCCUCAAUCAGGCUCUCUUUGAUAUCUUUGGAUGGAGAGGAAGCUUCCUAAUUCUUGGGGGCAUUCUAUUAAACUGCUGUGUGGCUGGAGCCCUGAUGCGACCAAUAGGGCCCAAGCCAACCAAUGCAGAGAAAGACAGAUCUAAACAAUCCCUUCAGGAAGCUGGAAAAUCUGAUGCAAAAAAAGGGGCAAGUGAUGCAAAUACAGAAUUUAAUGGCAGAAACCCCAAAGAGGAGAAACAAUCAGUCUUUCAAACAGCUAACAAAUUUCUGGACUUAUCCCUGUUCACCCACAGAGGCUUUGUACUGUACCUAUCUGGGAACGUGGUAAUGGCUUUUGGGCUGGCUACACCUUUAGUCUUUCUUAGUAAUUAUGCCAAGAGUCAGCAUUGCUCUAGUGAGAAGGCUGCCUUCCUUCUUUCCAUUCUGGCUUUUGUUGACAUGGUAGCCAGACCUUUUAUGGGAUUUGUAGCCAACACAAGGUGGAUAAGACCUCGAGUUCAGUAUUUCUUUGCUGCUUCUAUCGUUGCAAAUGGAGUGUGUCAUCUGCUAGCACCUUUAUCCUCCAGCUAUAUUGGGUUCUGUAUCUAUGCGGGAUUCCUUGGAUUUGCAUUUGGGUGGUUUAGCUCCGUAUUGUUUGAAACAUUGAUGGACCUUGUUGGGCCCCAGAGGUUCUCCAGCGCUGUGGGAUUGGUGACCAUUGUGGAAUGCUGUCCUGUCCUCCUGGGGCCACCACUUUUAGGUCGUCUCAAUGACAUAUAUGGAGACUACAAAUACACAUACUGGGCAUGUGGCAUAAUCCUAAUCAUCGCAGGCAUCUAUCUCUUCAUUGGCAUGGGCGUCAAUUAUCGACUUCUGGCAAAAGAACAGAAAGCAGAGAAGAAGCAGAAAAAGGAAAGUAAAGAGGAGGAGACCAGUAUAGAUGUUGUUGAGAAACCAAAAGAAGUUACCAAUGCAGCAGAAUCUCCAGAGCAGAAAGGCACAGAAGGAAGCCCCAAAGAGGAGGAGAGUCCAGUCUGAAACCAUAGAUAAACAGAGGAGAUUUGGACCAAAGACACUUGAAAAAUUCUACUGAACCACGUUCUACUAGUGGUGCUUACCACAGACAGUGGACAUUUGUGUGGAAGUCACACCAGGUGUUUGCUGAUAGAAAUUUUAUUUCAUUCUUUUAUAGCAGUCGUAAUAAAUAUGUCACAUCCUUUGGGGACAGGGGAUUUGCAAAAGAUGACAGAAGGAAAUAGCUUCUAUUUGAAGUCAUAUUUAUUAAGGUAUACUUUACAUACAGUACAAAUCCCUUUUAUAAGAGUAAAGUUUGAUGAAUUUUGACAAAGUAUUUAGUCAAAUAACUACCACCCCAAUAUAGAACAUUUCGAACAGCCAAAAUAAUUCCCUCCUGCCCCUUUGCAGUUAAUUCCCUUCCCUUACCUCCAGCCUCUGGCAGCCACUGAUCUGAUUUCUGUCCCCUAUAGUUUUACCUUUUCCAGAAUGGAAUAAAUGGAAUCACAUAGUAUGUAGCUGGCAUAAUAAGAAAUAUAGGGGCCAGCCCCAUGGCCUACUGGUUAAGUUCGGCGCACUCCACUUCGACGACCCGGGUUUGGUUCCCAGGGGCAGACCUAUGCCACUCAUCGGCAGCCAUGCUGUGGCAGCAACCCACAUACAAAAUAGAGGAAGAUUGGCACGGAUGUUACCUCAGGGCGAAUCUUCCUCAGCAAAAAAAAAAAAAAGAAAAGGAAAUAUAGUUGGUCUUUGUCUCUUAGUUCCUGGUACACAGCUUCUGAAAUCCUUGGAUUCUCUGGAGUGCUAAGUGUCCUUUACAUGCUAAUUAGAUGACUGGUGGCUGGGAUCCCCAAGACAGCUUCAGGACAGGGCCUGGUCUCCAGGAAGACGAAGGCGUGAGGAGACUUUCAGCCAUACCCCAUGACCUCUGGGGAGAGGUGAGGGGCUAGAAGUUGAGUUCAAUCACUAACAGACAAUGAUUUAAUCAAUCAUGCCUAUGUAAUGAAACCUCCGUAAAAACCCUAACUACAGAGUUCCAAGAGCUUCCUGGUUGGUGAAUACAUU